CAAGCAGUCUCGCACAUCUCGCAUUCACCACCGCGCAGCGAGCCCAGCAGGAACCGUCUGCCAAGUCCCGGUCACUUAACCAGGUGACGUGCAGCCCCGUGGCACAGACAGGACUCACUUACUCACCAGCACACAGCCUGCUACCAGAGCACUCUCUUCUUUUGGCUGUAAAAUGCAUCAACAGUGUUUGCGGGAUAAAACCAGCGUUCCUUCAUGAGCAUCGUCGCCGCGGAACAGGGACAAAACGCCGGGGGACAGGAGCGGCGAGCGGCCGGGGAGGUGCAGACGGAGAUACUCCAAAGAUCUCAUUUGUCUGUGAUGAGCAUCCUCACCCACCAGAGACCAAAGGCCUGCCCUCAUUGUUCCCUCUGAGAGGAAGAGGAAGUGAUGUCACGCCACCACAACCGCUUUGAGAGGGACUACCGAGGACCCUGGGAGCGGAGAGACAUCCGUCCUUCUGGCCUCCACAAUGGAGGAGCCAAUCACAGCUGCGCCCCCGCCGUCAUCAACGGCAACAACCGACCAGGGCUUCUCCCCCUCCCGGUCAUCCCCUCCCUCCUCCCCACCCCUGUUACAGUCGCCGUGACGACAUCGAGCAGUGACAUAGGAGUCAAGCGAGGCAUAACCCCAGCAGGAUUGGUGGCUUCGGCUUCGUCUAAGGUCUCAGGUGUGUCUCCUGGGGAAAAUCAGAGUCCAGGACUGCUGCUGGCUCCAGGGGUGAGGUGGGGACAGACGCCCAUUAACCAGCUCACACCUUGGGAUACAGAUGAGCCGCCUGCCAAGCAGCAUCGAGACAACGAACCCAGCGGUCCGACCUGGUCUGCACCAGUCGCAGUAGUGAGCCAGCCCAGCCUCUUGCCUCACACCUACACCCUCCCUCAGCCGCCCUCCUUCAGCCACAACGUGACCGUACAGUCACCCGUCGUCGGAGUAACCCCAUCCAUCCAGACACCUUUUCCACCCCAGCACCCUCUCAUGACUGCCCACUUCCAGCUGACGCCAAACUCCACCCAGCAGCCACCCUCUAUGGUUCUGACCAUGCCCAGUCAGUCUCCUUUCCCUUCUGCUCAGCCCACAGUUGUACCGUCCAUCCUAACUGCCCGUGCCAACCAGGUGCAUCCAAACCAUCACACCGUGAAUGGCAACGGGCACUUGUCAUCUCACCCCAGGCUCAUCCAGCCCCCUGCCCUACCUUUGACAAAUGGACAGGCAGCAGCAGCAGCAGCAGCAGCACAUGCUCCACCCUCAGCUGCAGACAAUCAUGACAGUACUAAUGGGCUGCAAAUGCUGCGGACAGUCGGGAUAGGGAAGUACCAGUUCAGCGACCCAGGACAUCCUAAAGAGAUGUUGAAGGAGUUGAACCAGCAGCGCAGAGCGAAAGAGUUUACAGACCUGAAAAUAAUAGUUGAAGGCAAAGAGUUUGAAGUCCACCAAAAUGUUCUAGCUUCCUGCAGCUUGUAUUUCAAGGACCUGGUGAAAAGGUCUUCAGGGGAGACGAGAAGCAGGGAGGUGCUGGAGUUGAACAUGAGCAACAUCAGCGCCGACGUGCUGGAGCUGCUGCUCGAGUUCGUUUACACGGGAUCGCUGGUCAUCGACUCGGCCAACGCAAAGACGCUGCUGGAAGCCGCCAACAAGUUCCAGUUCAACACCUUCUGUAAAGUCUGCAUCUCCUUCCUAGAGAAACAGCUGACUGCAGCUAACUGUCUGGGAGUGCUGGCUAUGGCUGAAGCCAUGAGCUGCACCGAGCUCCACAACAUGGCCAAAGCCUUCGCACUGCAGAACUUCCCCGAGGUGGCGGGACAGGAAGAGAUUCUGAGUGUGUCCAAGGAGGAUCUGGUGUCCUACCUGUCCAACGACAGUCUCAACACCAAGGGAGAGCUGGUCUAUGAGACGGUCAUCAAAUGGAUCAAACAAGACCCCGACUCCAGAGUGCAGAAUUUAUCAGAGCUGUUGGCGGUGGUGCGUCUUCCCUUCAUCCACCCGUCCUACCUGCUCAACGUGGUCGAUAACGAGGAGCUGAUCAAAUCGUCCGAGGCGUGUCGGGAUCUGGUCAACGAGGCCAAGCGCUAUCACAUGCUGCCCCACGCCCGGCAGGAGAUGCAGACGCCCAGGACUCGGCCCAGGCUAUCUGCAGGUGUAGUGGAGGUGAUCGUUCUGGUGGGAGGGCGUCAGACGAUUGGGAUGAACCAGCGCUCCCUGACAGCAGUCACCUGUUUCAACCCUCAGAACAGUAAGUGGUACCCGCUGGCCAGCCUGCCCUUCUACGACCGCGACUUCUUCAGUGUCAUCUCAGCAGGAGACAACAUCUACCUGUCAGGUGGCACAGAGAGCGGUGUGAUGGUGGCUGAUGUCUGGUGCUACAUGUCCCUGCUGGAUAACUGGAAUCUGGUGUCUCGGAUGACGGUGGCUCGCUGCAAACACAACAGCCUGGUGUACGACGGAAAGCUCUACACCAUCGGAGGACUGGGAGUAUCAGGGAACCUGGACCAUGUGGAGAGGUACGACACAAUCACCAACCAGUGGGAGACGGUCUCUCCUCUUCCUAAGCCGGUCCAUUCAGCAGCAGCCACAGUGUGCGGAGGGAAGGUCUUUGUGUUCGGAGGUGUGAACGAGGCCGGGCGCUCGGCGGGGGUCCUCCAGUCCUACGUACCACAGAGCAACACCUGGAGCUUCAUCGAAUCACCUAUGAUAGAUAACAAAUACGCCCCUGCAGUGAGUCUGAAUGGUUUUAUAUUCAUCCUGGGAGGAGCCUACGCUCGAGCCACCACCAUCUAUGACCCAGACAGAGGCAACAUCAAGGCCGGACCCAACAUGAACCACUCUCGGCAGUUCUGCAGCGCGGUGAUCUUAGAAGGGAAGAUCUACGCCACAGGAGGCAUCGUGAGCAGCGAGGGUCCCGCCCUCAGCAACAUGGAGACCUUUGACCCUUACACCAACACGUGGACUCUCCUGCAGCCCCUACCCUGCCCGCUGUUCAGACACGGCUGUGUGGUCAUCAAAAAGUACAUCCAGAGCAGCUGAGGGCGGCCUUGACUCCUAACUAUGGGAUUGAUGCCAAACACCAGCUGAGCUCUGGUUGAAGGACGAUGCGUGACGGCAGCUUGAAGCCAGGGUUGGUCGGUCUGUGACCUCUAGACUUGACGCCAGCAACUAUCCUUCCCACCCUCCAAAAACGCCCUGUGCAGAAUGUACUCAUACUAAACUACUCAGACAAUGCCUAACCUUCAGUACUGCGUGUGUCAUGGUCGUAGUUCAUCCUCCAUCCAACGAGCACAGGGACCCUCUUAGUAAACUUUAUUUUUGUCUUCAUUGUUUGUUGUCUUUUCUGUAAACUCAUCCCCUCCAUAUUUCUUUACUCUGAUGAUGCUCAGUGAAAGCCAAUGCAGGGUGAAAUUUCUGUCCCUUGAGGAGAAGUAUGUUUGACAGGAGAAGGUUUUAAAGUCAAAUCAAAGCGAGCCAAGUAUCUUUUGAUGCAAGAACUGUUUUCAGUUGCAACAUUAUGGAAACGCCUGUUUUCCUGUUUGUCCGCUGAUUUAAAGAGUCUCUUCUUUUUCGACUGUGUCAGGGAGUGUGUGUGAUUUUAUGAGGAAACCUUAAAAACAUGUUUUACUCUGUGGAACCCAAUUAUUUUUUUAGCUUGGUGACUUGCUCAACAUUUGAUUGAGAUAGAAAGGGAAUACUUAAGGUUCAAGUUGAAACAGAUCCUCUAGAAAUAAAAGCACAAUAACCAUCUGACUGUUAUCAUACACGUUAUCUGUUGAGUCAUCUUUCAUUUAUUCCAUCACUUUACCCAAACCUUCCCUUUUUUUUUUACAAUGCAACUCAAACAGGGAAUUGGAUUUGUAUUCUGUAAAUACAGGAAGGAAAUAUGUAUAUUUUAAAACCUGAAAGAAGAUCUGUAAAAAUGUUUUUUUAAAUCUGAAGAAAAUGCUGUAUAAAUGUUUUUAGAAAAAAGAGGUUGAAUUUAAAAUGGUAUGUCUGUAAAUCUGUAAUCGAAAAGGAGAAUUUACCAGUGCUUAUUAAAACCUAAUACAAAUAUUAAACAUUUAAA